UCGACUGUAGCACUGAUGAACCUGCUUAUGAUUCUCUGUCUAGUGUCUCAGGAUGUUGAACCUGCUUCUACAGAGUUGACCCCUGCUCCUGAGGAAGAAGCGUCUGCUGCUGACUUCACCGAGCGCUGUGGGGCGGAGCCUCAGGUGGGCCCCUGCAGAGCGGCGUUUGAGCACUGGUUCUACAACGGGAAGACCGGCAGCUGUCAAUCAUUCAUCUACGGAGGCUGCAGGGGAAACCAGAACAACUACGUCAGCAAGGAGAGCUGCAUGGCGACAUGUACAGGUGUCACUUCUCCUGCAGUCGGAGGGCUUUCCUCCACCAACAAAGUUUCUGCUGAUGAUGAAGUUUCAACAGAAUACAAAGAGGGCUGCAUGGCGACCUCUGACCCUGGUCCGUGCCGGGCGGCCUUUCCCAUGUUCUACUAUGACCCAAACACCGCUGCCUGUCAGUUAUUCAUUUAUGGAGGUUGUCGUGGAAACCAGAACCGCUACAGCACCAUGGACGAUUGUUUGAACCGCUGCAGACGCGACGGUUCAUUUGAACAUCAUGAAAAAGUUCGUGAGCAUUGGACUGCAGCGGUCUUCCUCUUCGUCACUCUGGCAGCCAUCUCUGCUCUGCUGCUGCUGACGCUCGUCUUCAUCACGCUGAGACGCCACAGUCGGUCCCGCCGCCCGUCUUCCAUCAGUGAUAAGGAGGAGUUGCUUCCAGAUCCAGACGAGCAGUCCUCUCUGGCCGUCCCAGAGGCCUGAGUAGAGGGACCACUACAGGGGGUCUGGACCACUUGAGCUCCUGGUUUGAUUUUAAACCACCGUCUAUAAUCUAGAUUAUUUAAUUUCAGAACUCUUGAUAAUGGAGGUUUUUUUGUUUUUAAACUUUACUUCUGUAGUGUGAACAUUAAUUAAAUAAUUUAGGAAAAAGAAAAUGAAAUGAUGAUUUAAAUGACAUUAAAUAAGUAAUUUAUUAAGUAAACCCUCCAAUUCCUUUGCAUGUUUCUAUAAUGUCUUCUGGUAAUGAUCGUAAAUCAAUAUAAAGUCCUCACUUUGAUUGUGGCGACUUGAGAUCCUCACUUUGAAUCAAAACAAUCCGAUGGGUUCACGAGGUCAGCGUGAACACCCAGUGGUUCUCUUCCUCUUCAAAUCAUUGCUGUAGUUCCUGAUCGUAGAAGUAAAUCGUUGUCAUGUUCUUCUUGAGAAAGGCAGUUUGCCAGCGAUGUGUUUCCAUAAUAAUAGUUUCUCUGGUACGUCUGGGUUUAGUAUCGUGUGGUGAUGCAAUAAGAAGUCUCUAAACACCUGUUGGCUCAAUAAACCUUCUACACACCCA